CAUUUUUCUAAAUCUUUCGAAAUGUAGUGUCAAUUUGAUGCGAUUUCUACCGCACAUUUUUGCGCCGAGUAAUCAAUUAGGCAAAUUUAGACUUACGAAAACCUACCUAAAGGUAAACAAACACAAUUGGACAUAUGAGGAAGAAGGAGAGUAAAGGAUUUCAUAAUACUUUAAGGCAGAGCGGGGCAAAAUAAUCAAAAUAAUGUCCAAUACGACGAGAUUAAUAGACAACUUAAAACGUUUUCGUUUGGUAACAUUCGACAUCACCGAUACAUUGGUACGUUUUAGUAAACCACCUGCAGUGCAAUAUGCCAAAACAGCUGCUCAACUGGGAGUCACCGACAUAGACCAAAGUGCCAUGGAGGCGUGUUUCAAACGCGAAUUCAAAGCUAUGAAGAAAUUGCAUCCGAACUGGGGUUACAACACGCCAAAUUUCACCUGGCAAGAAUGGUGGACGUCUCUUGUAAAAAAUAUUUUUCUUUGCGUUAAGCCCGACAUCGACCCUAAAAAACUACAAGAAGUUGCAAACACACUAGUUCGAAUCUAUCGUACAAAGGAGUGUUAUAGUCACAUAGAUGGCGGAGUUGAACUAAUUGAUAGGGUGCGAAAUAGUGGCAAGAAAAUCGGUGUAAUAUCCAAUUUUGACCCCAGUCUGAGGCAGGUGUUAAAAGAGAUACAUUUGGAUGAGAAAUUUGACUUUAUAAUGACAUCGUAUGACGUGGGUUUUGAAAAGCCGCAUAAGGAAAUUUAUGACGCCUGCUUAAAUAAAUGCAAUAUACAAUCCAAUGAGGCAUUACAUAUUGGAAAUAUGUACACCAUGGAUUAUGAGGGAGCACGUAACGCUGGCUGGAGCAGCAUUCUGUUAACGACGAACGAAGAAGAUCUCGAAAGAACACAACCCACACAAGGUUAUCGUAAUAUUAAAGAUUUAUUAAAUGCCUUAGAUAAUGAUGGUAUUAAAUGGUAGCUUAUUAAGAUAACCUUUUUGGAUUUUCCUUUAGUUGUAUGCAAUGGUACAUGUUCACAUAUAUUAUGAUAUUUAAGAAAAAUUUUAGUAUUUUGUGUAUAUUCGAUUUAAUAUAAAUAGGAACAAAACAAGAUAAUAAACAAAUAGAAAAAUGUAUUAGAA